CAAAUAGAAGCAAUUUUUGGUGCUGACUAACAACCAUUGGUGAGAGAAAGUUGAGUUUUUGAGUCUGGGUGUCUUGAUUUCUUUCUUGCAGAGCCAUGCCGAAGAGGAAGGACAAAGACGACGAGGAGAAUCAGACGAAAGAGGUGAUCGCCGAGGACUGGUGCUUCGCGUGCAAGGAUGGUGGAGAGCUGCUUCUUUGUGACCACCGGAAAUGUGUUAAAGCUUACCACCCAGAGUGCGUUGGGAAAGAUGAGUCAGCUUUGACGAGUGAUGAAAGUUGGAGAUGCAAAUGGCACUCCUGCUUGAUUUGCGAUAGAGCUUCAAGGUACCAUUGCUAUUGCUGUCCAAAUGCAGUGUGCCGUCGGUGCACAAGUGAUGCAAAAUUUGUGCGUGUUAAUAAAAAGUAUGGAUUUUGCAAUGACUGUCUAAAGCUAGCACUGCUUGUAGAGGAAAAUAUGGAUGUCGACUCAGAAGGGGAAAGUGUGGACUUAAAGGACCGGGAAACAUAUGAGGGCCUGUUCAGAGAGUAUUAUGAGAUUAUCAGGGAAAAGGAAGGAUUUGAUGGAGAUAUUGUUCUUAAAGCUAAAAUCCGACUAGACAAGGACAAAAGUGAUUCUGACUUUGAUGGAACUAAUGAAGGUGAAGAUGAGGUUCGUUUGUCAUCUGACUCUGAUGAAAAUGGAUAUGAUUCGGGAGGACAGAAACAUGGACAAAGAAGGAAGAAAUUGAAAAUUCAAAAGACCAAUUCUCAUAAAAAGGAGAAAUCUAAAAAAAUGGUAUUUCAUAGUUGGGGUUCUGAAGCUCUCAUGCGGUUUCUUAAUUUGAUUGGUGAGGAUACAAAAGAAGAAUUAUCACCGGAUGAUGUGGAAAGGAUUAUACUUCGAUAUGUUAAAGAAAACAAGCUUUUCCACCCAACUAAGAAAAGGAAGAUUAUUUGUGACUCCAAGUUGCAAUCUAUCUUAAGGAGGAAGGAGGUCAAUAAGAACAGUGUGCCUAAACUCCUCGAAGGUCAUUUUGCUGCGAACCAAGAGGAGUCAGAGGAUGACGAGAUUUCCGAAGAUAUUGAAGAUGGAGCUGAAAAAACUGUGGAGACCUAUGAAGUGGAAAGAAAGCAAAAGUCACCAGACAGUGAUAAGCCAAAAUCAGGCAAUGAUAAGCCUAAAUCGGGCAAUGAUAAGCCAAAAUCAGGCAAUGAUAAGCCAAAAUCGGGCAAUGAUAAGCCAAAAUCAAGCAAGGGUAUUCCCAAGAAGGAAGGGUUGGGGAAUAUGUUCCAGAGUCGUUAUGCUGCCGUUGUUCCAGAAAACAUUAAACUUGUUUACUUGAAGAAGGGCUUGGUGCAAUUGUUGUGCAAACAACCUCAAGAAUUUCAAAACAAGGUGGUAGGGAGUUUUGUUCGGGUCAAAUCAAAUCCAAAUGAUAUUCGCCCUAGGAUUAGGAGCUCAUUUCAACUUGAGCAAGUCACAGGCAUUAGGUGUGCUUCAGUUGCCGAAGAAAAUGAUGAGGUUAUGCUUCGUGUUUCAAAUAUGCCGAAUGAUAUCUCCUUGAGCAUGCUCUCUGAUGGCGAAUUUUCAGAGGAGGAGUGUGCAGAAUUGCGACAGAAGGUGAAAGCUGGCCUGCUGAAGAAGCCUAUUUUGGUAGAACUUCAACAGAAAGCAACAAGUCUGCACGAGGAUAUUGUGAAGCAUUGGAUUCCUAGAGAACGGGCUAGAUUGCAAAACCUCAUCAAUAUGGCAAAUGAGAAAGGGUGGAGGCGUGAUCUAUAUGAGUAUUUGGCCAUGAAAAAGAAUCUUGACGAUCCAUUUGGAGUGUCUAAGCUAUUACAAAAAGUCCCCGUGGUGAUUCCGGAUAUAGAAGAGCGUGACAAUACUCCUGAGGACAUCAACAGCGAAAGAAAAGAAAACGGAGCCUCACAAGAAUCACCUUCAAUAGUCGUCUCCAAAGAAAACGAGCCUAGCAAAACCGGACAGCCUCUCCAAUCAACUGCAAAUAAGGAGUCGAAGAGCUUAAAGACAUGCCAGCAGGAAGGAGCUUUGCCUGGUAACGAAAAACCAGAUUCUCAAAGUGAUAAAACGCAAAUGCAGAAGCCAGAUGCCAAUCUGGAAAACGAAGAAACCCGCGAGCCAGCAAUGGCUAAUCUGACAGAAUCUCGUGAUAAUGAUCAAAACCUAAAUCAGCCAAUGGAUGUCAAAUUGGACAAGGAAAACAGCCACAAGGAAACGACGGGUGAAGUGAUUGAAGGUGGCGGUGAUGAAAAGUCAAAGGCUGUGACUUGCGAGGGCAAAACUCAAAAUCAGCCUAUGGAGGUCAAGCGGGAAACAGAAAACAUAGCCGCCAUGGCUGCUGUGAUGAAACCCGGUGGUGGUGAAAAGUCUGUCUUUCUGACUUACACUCAUAGGAAGCCAAAGCAGGCAACGGCUAAUCUGACAGAAUCUCGUGAUCACGAAGGGUCUGGAGGCGAUAAAACCCAAAAUCAGCCAAUGGAUGCCAAACAGGACGCAGAAAACAGCCACAAGAAGCAAACAACGGGUGAAGUGAUUGAAAAGCCGAAGGUUGUGGCUUGCUAUGUUAAAAGGCAAAAUCAGCCUAUGAAACGGAAGCUGGAAACAGAAAAAAGCCACAAGCUUGGGACUAGUGAUAUAAAUGAAUCUAAUGCUGCUGAAAAGGCGGAGGAGGUUGCAACCGAGGACCCAGAGGCACUCGUGUGGCAUAUUUCUGGGAUGAACAAAAGAAACGAGAAGUAUAAUCUGUCGUUUUUGAAGAAUUGGAGUCAAUCAAAUUUUCAAGCACUCAAGUACAAGGUUUGGAAGGAAGGUCAAUGUGAAGAGAAUGCAAUUCCAUUGAAGGAUGCUAUCAAGCUGGCUUUUCCAAAAGCCCACUAGGUAGGUAGCCUGUGCUGUUCAUACCCACAACUCAGCACAACAUUCAAAAUGCGACAAAAAAAAAAAAAAAAAAAAAAAAAAAAAAGUUGUAGGCUCCAAGAACCUGUAUCUAUCUCUAUCUAUGUAUACAUGCAUAGGCUGAUGAACAUAUGCCAUGCUAUCCUUUAAAACCUUUAAAAACCUUGUUGGGUUUUGGCUGGGAGCUUCUGUUAUGGUUGUUUCCUUAGACAAUUAGCCUUCUGUUUCAAGUAUUUUCUGCAAAAUAAUGGUGUUGUUUUGUGAAUUGGUUUUCAUCACCUUCAAUGGCAUAACAUUUAUUGAGAAAA